GCACUGCUGCUACUUGAUAAUCCGGUGUCCCCAACGAAAUCCCCAAGUUAAAUUCUUUCUACUACAACGGACGCCGUUAAUUCAAACCCGAAAUAGCCCUUCUUUUGCGAGCUGGUUGUGAUGGCGGAGGGGUCGUGGAUUUAUCUUGCAACACAACGUCGAGUGGCAAAAAAUGUCACCAUGGAAGAAAGAACACGCACAAAACUCGGACUCGUCCCUCCUUGGUUUGUUUCCCUUUUUUCUGUCAGCAUUGUGAUUGUAAUAUGGACUGUCAAUAGAGAGAGUACAUACGUGUUUUUCACCACGCUGGCUGGGAUUAGUCUAGCCAUAACUCUGCAACACGUAUCUUACGAAGGAGGACACUACUGUCGUCUACUCAGGAAGGUAGAUAGUGGACUUAUGGGUACCCGGCAAAACGUAUCAACGGAUACGAGUAGACUGGCUAAAGAGGAAAGAGAUAUAUUCAGUUAACACUGUACAGAGGUGGCCUGUCCACUCUUAUCCCAAAACAAUUUUCAGUAACGUAUCGCCUGCAAUCAAAAUAGAAAUAAC